UAUAUUUAACCUUACUAUUUUUAACUGUCAGGGUCAAGUCUGUACAUUAAUUAUUAAUUAUUUAUUACGACAUGUACGAACGAAAUUAAGUGUUGACUCUUCUCCAAAGUUUCAUGAAAUUAUUAAAACGACCACCGCCUUUCCUUUGUAGAAUUGUUGUCCUUAUCUAAAAUAAGUAAACAAAAGUGUAGCCAUAAUAGUCUCUUUAAUUAUUUAGCUAUAGAAAAGAGCUAUUGAUUUCAUUACAUUUCACUUUAUUUAACUUUAAUCAUUAAUUAUAAAGUAAGGGUCAGAAAUAAUAAUGUAUAAGUAAGUAAGUUAUCAACUGCAUAUUCCAUCCACUAUCAAAAUUCAAAUAAUAAUAAUAAUUUUAUAGGAUAGAAGUAGUGUUAAAAUCAAUAAUAAUUUUAUCUUCUGCCCAGCUCAUCAACAUCACAACAUCAACACGACAUUAGCAGCAGCAGGACUGUUAUGUUAUGUUAGGUUGUUUAGUUUGUUUAGGCUAUAAUUUUAUUAUUGAUGAUGAUGAUGAGUUUAGUUAGUUAAACUGCAAAGUAUUUAGUGAGUAAUCUGCUGCCUGGCCUGGCCUGGGGUUGAAACUGGAUCGAAACUAAAAGCAGAAUUGGAUUUAUUUAGCCUGUUCUCUGUUCUGGUCUGUGUACGUGAUUAGGAUUUAUUUAAGGACGACGACGCCAAAAGUUAAAGUUAGUUAGUCGUCAUCCAUCCUCAUUCCUGUGUGUGAGCCAUUACAUUACGUACGUUACAGUUUUCCUUAGUGUCAAAAUGUGAUGGUGCGAGAAGCUGGAUAAAUCUGAAUAUUUAGUUUAACCAAAGUGAUCAUUCAUGUGUUAAUUUCUUCUGGUUUCUGGUUGGAAAUUUAGUACUCACGUAAAUUUAUGCGGAUAAAAAACCGAACGGAUUCUGUUAUCUUGGUGAAGUUGAUUCGAUUGGAUUCCGAAAUUGGGACGUUUUUCUGAACAAUUUAAACACAAAAGUGGACAAGGAAAUAAAUAAGAGUGAAAGUUUGCCAAAUUAUGGACGACAAUACUGACUACGGAUUCGGGUCUGGUUGGGGGACAUGACUUUUUGGCCAGUCAAGAGUUAAUUUGUGCUGUAUUAUUUAUUAGUGUGAUAACCUGCCGUGUAUAAAAAACUAUCAGUACGAAUUAGUGAGCAUGUCGUCCAUCUCUCAUUCUUCUUCCGGGACGACGACGAUGUGGUGGAGAAAAACACUGCCGAAUAUUUUAAGCUGGACAAUCCUGGGCAUGAUGCUCCUUGCAAAUCCUGCCGUUGGGAUGAUAUCGAUAAUUGACGAAGUUUCGAACGCCACUCUGGCCACGAUUAAUGAUCUUCCGGCACGCUUCAUUCCAGAGAGAUUCUCAUUUUAUGGGAUUCAGGGUUACGUUAUCUUGGCUGAUCCGGAAAAUGCUUGUACGAAAGUGAAACCACCGCCGGAACGGAACCCACCAGAUCUUGAAUAUCCGAUAAAUUGGAUCCUGUUAGCGCGUCGAAGUCCGGAGUGUCAUUUUCAGAAAAAGAUUGAAAAUGCGCAAAAUGCGGGGUAUACGGCAAUCAUAAUUCAUAACGUGGAUUCAAACUCGACAGAAAUUAUGGGGGUUGAAGACCCCUCUAAAAUUAUAAUUUACGCCACUUUCGUCGGUUCGUAUGAUGGCGAACUACUCAAAAGUCAUACGUACGGCACUGCGUGUUUUGUCCGAAUUCAGGACGAUUUCUCCAUCAACGGAUAUCUGCUCCCGUUUGCUAUCGUGGUCGGACUCUGCUUCAUUGUCAUGAUCAUUUUUAUGGUAAGAUUGUUGUGGCAACAGGUCCUCCGCUGGAUUCGCGAGAGGCGUCGAUCUCGUCGCAGGAAACUCCCCGCCUCCGCCCUCAAGAAGAUCCCGACGCAAAAGUGGACCAAGGGCGACCCCUAUGAAACUUGUGCCGUGUGUUUGGACGAUUUUGUCGAGCAGGAUAAAAUCAGAGUGCUUCCUUGCGCACAUGGCUUCCACAUGAAAUGCAUCGACCCUUGGUUGACAAAAGGAAGAAGAGUGUGCCCGAUCUGUAAGAGGAAAGUUAUCGUCGCGGAUGAGCAGUUUAAUCGCGGAGGGGACUCUGAUACCGACACGGACGACGAGUCUGCCCCCCUGCUCGGAACUUCGUCAAGCCCUGGCUCCACCGCGGCUGGGACGUCGGGCGAAGAAACGUUCAUUCAGCAGCAGGAAGGUCAAGGAGAAUCAUCUGAACAGUCGGAGGCCGGUCACAGCAGCUCCUCCUCACCAAGCAGCAGUCACCACCACGCCCACGACUCUUCUUCCUCCCCUCAAAAUCUGCCCCUCGUCCACACCCGCGGCGCUUCUCGAGGAGUCUUUAGUCUUCUGCACUCUCGACUUCAAAGGUCCGCAUCUGCUACUGCUCCUCCUCCUGCUGCAGCCACCACCACCACGACGACCACCACUGCUCGACCACGACCCCGCCCACCACACUCCCCGCUUGGCAUGAUGAUCUCUUCUUCCGAUUCGUCCCCCAGUAUCACGAGCAAUCGUACGAGUCCCGGGUCAAGCCCUUCGACGCGUCAUCCCCAUCACCACUCCGUCCUCGCGGAGGUGCACCACUCGACAGAAAUACUGCGACAAAAGAAGGCAGAGCUUGACCACCGUGGCGGCGUCGAAGAUGAGGAUGAUGACGAUGAUGUGGAAAUUCUCGUCGUGACGACAGGGGAAGGGGACGAGGAGAAGAAUGAAGAAGCGUCUGCUGGUCAGGAGAACAAUUUCGUCGUCACUAUUCCAUCAUCAUCGCCACCUCCUCCAACUUCUGGGAAUAAUUGGACGCAUGAUUUUUCUAGUCGGGAAGAAGAUGAAUCUGGAGUAGGACAUCUCACCACGCGGGAGGAGGAUGAUGAUCCAAUAGCUUAACCAAUUUUUUUAAAUGUGACCUUUUCUCAAUUAUUAUUUAGUUAUGUGCUGAGCUGUGUAAUUAAUGGAUGAUUAAUUCGCCCGUUAUGAGAGUCCGAUUUUCUAGUUGUUCCGUUGAGUAUACGCUGAUUUGUUUCGUUUUUUACAUUAACUGUGGUAGCUGUUUUUUUUUGCCUGCGAUUUUUUGUGUUUAAUUUCGUGUCCGUCGUAAUUACAAAACAUAAUAUGCCAUAAUAUUUAAGUACGAAAUUGUUCAUUAAAAGGAUUGAUAAUCAAUGUCCUCUUGUUGACCCAUUUUUGUCCGAGUCUCGUAAAAAUGUCUAGUUUGUAAUUUCUAAGUGAGUGCUGAGAAUCCAAAAAUUCUGUAAUUUACUAGGUGGAUAAAAAUUCUGGGUGUAAAAAUUUUGAAAAAAUCUAUAUGUUGUUGGUGCAUGCAUGUUCUGUCAAAUCUUUUGAUGUUAUUGUCAAUUUUAUGUACCUAUUAUGGAAUGAGUACACGGUUAAAUAUCGCUAUUAAUUUACAUAUGUAAUUAUGCAAAUGAAGAGGGCAACACGUGUAAGUCAUGUUCAUAAUCACAGGCAGAUGAACAAGUUCGGAAAAAGUGGUCUCUUAUUUUGACAGAGCAAAGUAUUACAUUCAUUUUAAAUAAAGGAAAAUGUGUAAAAAAAAA